AUGAAGAAAUUCCAAUUAGCCUGUUUAAUGUAUAUCUCCUUUGGUGGUGCCUUCUAUGGAUAUGAUUUUGGUAUCAUCUCAUGCGUUUUGGGUUAUGAAGAAUUCAUCACUUACUACAACUUCAACCCAACCACGAUUGGUGCGUUCAAUUCAGCUUACUAUGCGGCGUGCGCCGCGGGUACUGCGAUGAACAUAUACUUGCCGAACAAAUAUGGCCGACUUUGGACCAUUCGAAUUGGUUGUUUGAUCUCUUUUGUUGGAAUAAUCCUGCAAACUGCGGCAGUCAACUUUGCCAUGCUUCUGAUCGGACGCAUCAUUGGGGGAAUUGCCACUGGUAUUAUUUUUGGAAUUUGUCCUGUCUAUGCUAGUGAAAUCUCUCCACCUCAUAUGCGUGGGAGAGUUGGUGCACUGUUCGCGCUCAAUAUCUCAUUGGCCAAUUGCCUCACAGUCUGGAUCGGACUUGGUCUCUUUUUUGUUCCUGGAGAAGCCGCAUUCCGCAUCCUCUUUGGAUUUCAACUUCUUCCCGGAUUAUGUAUGCUCGCAGGUUCACCAUGGAUGCCAGAGUCUCCGAGAUGGCUUGCACUUACCGAUCGAUACGAAGACUGUCUCGCUGUUCUCAGGCGAAUCCAUGGCAAUGAUCACGAUGACUCUGACUCAUUUUAUGCACGCGAAUUUCAUCAAGUCCGUGCACAGAUCGAAAUGGAGAAGAGCGAGAGAAUCGGCAUCAAAGACAUUUUAACAAGAGCAUCUUAUCGCAAAAGAGUGUUGCUUAUUAUGGCUUUCUAUUUCUUCCAGCAGGCAACUGGAAUUCUUCCACAGGCGGUUUACCAAGUGCAGAUUUACUCAAUCUUGAAGACUACUCCUGUCAUGUCACUAGUUCUAGUUGGGGUGUGGGGUAGUGUCUCGACAUUCGCUGUCCUCAGUAUCGGCUUUUGGUUUGAUAAAAUCGGACGUCGGAAUGCAUUGUUCCUCUCCUACGCGAUCAUGAUUCCUGCAUCCGUUAUCAUAAUUGGCCUGUGGGCUGCCUUUGAACGCAGUGGUAAUACCAAUCUUGGACUUGCAAAGGGCAUUAAUGUUGGUAUAUACCUCACCGUGUUCGGAUAUGCGGCCAUCAUGAACACGUUUGGCACUACUUACGCGUCAGAAAUCAUGCCGACCAAAAUCCGCGCAACUGGGGUCGCGGCGGGCUACAUCGUCUUCAACAUAAUGGGUGUGCUCAUGACCCAAACUGCACCACUGGCGAUUGCUGCGAUGACCUGGAAGUACUUCAUCAUCUGGCUGGUGCUUGACUGCCUCUAUGUGGUCAUCGUGUACUUUUACUACCCGGAGACGAAGAAUAAGACUCUAGAGGAGCUCGGCGGCGUGUUUGGCGACAAAGUUGCGGAGUCUUGGGAGGAGACGAAGCAGUAUAUUAAGGACACCAAAGAAAUUGAGCAGAUGCCCGUUUCUGAUGAGAAAGUCGCCAAUCCUCAAGUCACGAAGUCACCCGAGCAUGUUGAGACUGUUGCGCGAAAAGCCAGUGGAGCUGAUAUUGUUGUCACGCUCGGCGGCGGAUCGAUCACCGACGGGGUCAAGCUCGCGGGCCUGAGCCUUGCGAACAACCUCACAUCUCUCCAAGCCCUUGGAGCUAUGAGCGACAAGCUCAAAGCUGCAAUGCAGCACGAUAUUGACUACAAAUAUGUCACAAAUUCCGACCCAGGGGAUGUGUAUGCACCACCUUUCACCAUGAUCAACGUACCGACCACGCUCUCCGCGGGAGAAUACUCGCCGUACGCAGGUGGCAUUGAUGCUACAGAUGGAGUGAAGAAGAUCUUUGUCCAUCAGGGGUUGUUCGCGGACGUGGUGAUCCUCGACCCAGAAUUGGCUGCCCAUUCACCAGAGUGGGUGUGGAUGAGUAGUGGCGUAAGGGCGAUUGAUCACUGCGUUGAACUAUUGGCGAGCUUGAACCCAGAUAUCGAGAAGGAGACGGAUGAGGCGGCAGAAAGGGGCUUGGUCUUGGUGGUCAGGGGGCUCUUGAAGUUAAGAAAGGACCCACGGGAUCUGGAGGCCAGACUAGAAACACAAAUUGGAUCGGUCUUUGCUAUGGACGCGAAACUUACUGAUAAUCUCCAUCUUGCUUUCCUAGGACUAUGUCGAGGUGUCCAUCUCGGCGGCUCACACGCCAUCGGACACGAACUAGGCACCAUGAAUGUAGCGCACGGGCACACGUCUUGUGUGCUAUGCCCAUCAGUCAUGAAGUACAAUGCCCGCGUUAAUGCGAAUCGCCAACAACGAGCUCUCAAUGCCCUCUGGUCAGAUCCAUACAUCCGUCAAUCUCUGGAGCACCAAAGCAAUCUAAAAGAGUCUUCUGCCGACCUUGGGGAUGCUCUCGAUGCAAUAUUUCGAGCGUUUGGCAUGCCGAGGACUUUGAAGGAGGUUGGGGUAGAAGGAGAGGAAAGAUUGAGGGAGCUGGCCAGAAAAUGCUUGGAAGAUCCAUGGUGUAGGACAAACCCGGUUCCACUGUUAACCGAGGAACAAGUUAUGAGGAUACUGAAGAUGGUCGAGAAGUAA